GCCUGUCUUCAUGUCGUGGAUUGAUGAACGCGAAUCGCGUGUAAGCGCCGCCACCGCCGGGAGUCUGAGGAAUUCGCCAGGGCUGUUAGAGGAAAGAGCUAAGUGAGAGCGCGCGCUCUACCUACCGACAGUGAGCAGAGAGCCGCCACCGCCCGAGCCCGCAGCCGGCACCGCGCCCCCACCUGCCCAGCCCCCAGUCCAGCAGUCCAGCCCGGGGGAGCCGGCCAGCUUGGGGUUCGGUCCCGGGGGGAGGGGAGUUUCGGGGAUACCCGGCGGGGGAGCGUGAUCCAAGGGGAGGGGGCCGCGGGUUUUCAUGUACCCAGCAUGAGCUCCUACUUCGUCAACCCCCUGUUUUCCAAAUACAAAGGCGGCGAGUCCCUGGAACCGGCCUAUUACGACUGCCGGUUCCCUCAGAGCGUGGGCAGAAGCCAUGCGCUGGUGUACGGGCCCGGCGGCUCCGCGCCGGGUUUCCAGCACGCCUCGCACCACGUCCAAGACUUCUUCCACCACGGCACCUCCGGCAUCUCCAACUCGGGCUACCAGCAGAACCCAUGCUCGCUGAGCUGCCACGGAGACGCCUCCAAAUUCUAUGGCUACGAGGCGCUCCCCAGACAGUCCCUUUAUGGGGCUCAGCAAGAGGCGAGCGUGGUGCAAUAUCCCGACUGUAAAUCCUCCGCCAACACUAACAGUAGCGAAGGACAAGGCCACUUAAAUCAGAACUCGUCUCCCAGCCUCAUGUUUCCAUGGAUGAGACCCCACGCUCCUGGGCGGCGCAGCGGUCGACAAACUUACAGCCGGUAUCAGACCUUGGAACUAGAGAAGGAGUUUCUCUUUAAUCCUUAUUUGACCAGAAAACGCCGGAUUGAAGUCUCUCACGCCCUGGGACUGACGGAAAGACAAGUGAAGAUUUGGUUCCAGAAUCGAAGGAUGAAGUGGAAAAAGGAGAACAACAAGGAUAAACUGCCUGGGGCCCGAGAUGAGGAGAAGGUGGAAGAAGAAGGGAAUGAGGAAGAGGAGAAAGAGGAGGAGGAAAAGGAAGAAAAUAAGGACUAAGGGGAAAAAAAAGAGAAAAUCACCCCCCCAGCAACUCCCUUGAAGUUUCGUUUUUAUGGUAGCAGAUAAAUUGAGAAGUUUACGACUGUCAUUUGCUUUUAUAGAGAAUAGAAUGACACUCACAACUCUAACUACCUGUCAGAUAGUUGCAGCUCUGCUUUUAUUACCUUUGGGCUUCCCCCACUCUUUAUUUGUCUGGGGGCUGGGAGGGGGAACCUGAGACACAGGAAAAAGUUCUGUUCCACUCCAUGCCCAGCAUACACUCUCUUGUCCCUGCUCCCACCUUCUGAGCCCUUAGCAAUAAAGUCUAAUCCUUCACAUACACACACACACACACACACACACACACACACACACACUUCUCUCCACACUCCCCCUCUUCACGGUGCUUCUCUGGUAUUUAUUUUAAAAGGGAUUCCCCUAAAGAUAUAGAAGAUGAUUCCUGGCUUUGCUUGUAUGCUGGGAAUUAGAAUACUGGAUUAACAGUUUUUUUUUUUAAAUGAAAAGAAAGAAGGAAAAAACAGGAAAGGGGGAAAUGAAAGGAAAAAUUAAAAAGAAAUAAAAGAUAGCAAAGAAGAUUCCCCUCCCCCCUCUGAGGCUCUUUCCUUAGAAAACCCCCUUGACUUUCUCCAGGAAUCUGCUGGAAAUCUCUCUACCCACCUCCUUCCUGAGGGGUCUAUUAGAACUGGCAAUGGUCUCUGAAAUCCUACCUAUCCAUCCCAUAGUCACUUGGGUCCAUGCCUUCCUUGCCUUGUCUUUGCUGUUUGAUCCUUUGGGCCCCAGCUUCCUCUGAGCUGUGUUAGUGUUUGUGCUCAGAAAACACCAUAAUCAUGAAAAUAAUAUACUGAUAAUAAAUCUUUAACAUACUACCUAAAGGGAACCUGCAAUAAUCUUGGGGGGAAAAAAAAAGAAAGAAAAAAUCCUAAUACAGGAGGGAGAAAAAAAAAAGAAAAAAAAAGAAAAAAGAAAAAAGAAAGAAACCUCCAGCGUAUUUUAUCACUACCUAUAGAAAGAAAUCCUGCUUUGAGAGUAUUUGUAAUGCGGUUUUGUUGUUGUUUGUUGCUGCUUCUUUCACUAAGAAAAAAAAAAUCCCAACAACUGAGACUGCCUAGCCCGCCGGUCGUGUGCGCUUUUAUUGUGCUUCUAACCCCAGUAGAGUAGAACUAAACUGCACUGAAUGUAUAGUUACUCUGUCUUGAAUUCUCUGUUUAUGCAAUGUGCUCGAAAGGAAAAAAAACGUUAAAAUAUAUCUAUAAUAAUAAUUUUGGUCAUUUGUCUUUAUGUCCAGCUAUGAAUGUAGAUUUUGUGUCCUGAAAUCUCUGUUCCUGGUCCAAGUACUUUGUAUUGUAUACGUGAGUCAUAAUAA